AAGGACAAAAAAAAAAUAAGGUCUUGAACUUUCUCUACUUGCUUUUUAUCUUCAGGACCAGGUUCACUGCGUCCAGAUUUGCUCUCAUUUCCUCACAUCCCAAUCAGCCGAAUUUCGAAAUCAAAAAGCAGAUAGAGAUGCCAAAUUGGGAACUGAAGAACUGCUGCAAGCACGACCAGGUUGUCUUCCUAGUCACCAUCGGUGUCUUCUCCCUUGUUAUUCUCGCGCUAUGGAGGACUGUGUUAAUGACACCUUUUAAGCUCAUCACUGUAUUUUUGCAUGAAGCAAAUCAUGCAAUUGCUUGUAAACUCACUUGUGGUCAGGUGGAAGGGAUUCAGGUUCAUGCAAAUGAAGGUGGAGUGACGCAAACACGUGGUGGUGUAUAUUGGUUGAUCUUGCCUGCUGGAUAUCUUGGUUCAUCAUUUUGGGGAAUGGCUUUGAUACUUGCAUCCACAAAUCUCAUUACUGCAAGAAUAGCUGCCGGUUGUCUUGCUGUAGCUUUGUUGGUUGUGCUUUUUGUUGCUAAAAAUUGGACACUUCGAGGUCUCUGUAUUGGAUUCAUUAUUUUCCUUGCUAUUAUUUGGAUAUUGCAAGAAAAAACAAAAUUACGGAUUCUUCGAUACAUCAUUCUCUUCAUUGGAGUGAUGAACAGCUUGUUCUCAGUUUAUGAUAUUUAUGAUGAUCUAAUAUCUCGAAGAGUCCACUCUAGCGAUGCUGAGAAGUUUGCGGAACUUUGCCCCUGUCCUUGUAAUGGUGUUGGUUGGGGAAUUAUCUGGUGAGGUUUUAAGUUUUUGGCUAAGAGCAUAGAUGACUGACUAUCAGGGAUCAUCUAUAUGAUCUGUGGAACUGGUUCAGACUCUGGAUUUCUUGAUAUAUUGGAGGCGCUUCUGUGUUCGCUAUUUGCGCCUUCUAGGGCUUUUCUUCACUUCUGAAACAUUGCCAUCUUGAUUCAUCUGAUGCAUGCUUAAUGGUGUGUUCUGUGUAGUUGUGUACGUGGCCUCAUUCUUUUAGCCCAUUUAAUUGGGGGUUAUAACAUAGCAAUCUAUGAUUCAUUUGUACAGGAGAAAUUUGCCAGUAUACUGAUUCAGAAUUUAGAUGCAACUCAAUUGAUUUGUAAAGUAUACUUCAAGCACUUAUUUUCCUA